AUGAAUACCAUGAAGUUUUGCCGCGAGUGCAACAACAUCCUGUACCCCAAGGAGGACAGGGACAGGCGCACCCUCUUCUUUGCAUGUCGCAACUGCGAGCACCAGGAGGUCUCUGACAAUAACUGUGUCUAUCGGAGUGAGGUGCACCACACUGCUAGGGAGCGAACACAGGUCUUGCAGGAUGUAGCUUCUGACCCAACUCUUCCCAGAACCAAGACCGUCCGCUGUGCUCUCUGUGGGCACGGAGAGGCCAUUUUCUUCCAGGCUACAGCAAGAGGGGAGGGGAUGACCCUGCUCUUUAUGUGCUGCAACCCUGAUUGUGGUAACCGGUGGAGGGAAUGA